CUCAAGUAGAACUGGCCCCUUUUUGCUGCUGGUUUCGUGUGUCCGCUGCCAGCUGGCGCCGCCUCGGAAGGCCAGAGCAACGAGACACUGAAGAAUCAAUUCACGAUCGCUGGCGUCAAGAGCAUGGAAUAGGUGUGCGGGGUCGUGAAACUGUGAAAGGGUUGCGGGGAUGAGAAGCAGAUGUUGCGUAGGGUAGAGACUCCACUGCCCCCAGGGCCCAGCGUAAGUAAAGGAAGUUGUUCUUACACGGGCCCCUUCCCCGUAGGAUUCAGGAUGGAUAUACGAUAGUCUAUGUUUAGUUUACGCUUUCAUCCUCCCCUCCUGCAUCCUUCCUACUCCUAUCCCCUCCUCGAUAGGCCCUGGGAGCCCUCCCUUUGCCUUGCUCUGCCAUGGGAGCCUUCGCAGACAAACGCCGUAUUAUCAUUGCAGUCGUCGCAGCUAUCGCAACCAUCGGGUUGCUACUCAGCUUGCGCACCUUUGGACCUAGCCCUGAAGCGAUUCGCGUUCGCGUUGGCUCGGGGUUCGACCACAGCGACAACAAGGACGGCGUAAACAACCAGCCCGAUGGACCAGGCCAGAACGGAAAACAUCCUGAUGGCAAGGAGCGCCUCGCGUAUGUCACCUUCUUGUCUGGCACCGUCGACCAGGACGACGAUCUGGAGAAAGAUAACUAUUUCAUCGCGACCCGCAUUCUCAUUUGGCAGCUCCUGCACGUUCCUGAAACACGUACACACCGGUGUGACGUUGUGGUAAUGGUGACGCCCUCGGUCUCAGAAGCCCGCCGGGCCCGUCUACGACAAGAUGGCGCGAUUGUCUAUCCCGUCGAGUUUCUCGAAACCGAUGAUUGGGUGAAGGCUGAGCAGCACCGCUGGGACGACGUCAUGACGAAGAUGCGCGCCUGGGAAAUGACCCAGUACAGUCGCAUUCUUGUACUGGACGGCGACACAAUGUUACGGAAACCUCUAGAUGGUGUCUUCGAUGACCCCGGCGCGCAGAUAAGGCAGACGAAGCAGCUCGACAACUACACCGCACUCGAAGGCGAGGCUCCGCUGCCCCCAACAUACCUUCUUGCCUCCCUCUCUGAGGUUGCAGACAGCACUCACGAGUUCCCGCCUGGCGUAGGGACUGGACUCAAAACUAUUGGAUACAUGAACGCCGGCUUUUUCAUGCUUGCGCCUUCCAUAGAAUCUUUCAACUACUACGUGUCCUUGCUAAAGAUUCCCGGUUCCUUCGAUCCGAAAUACCCCGAGCAGAAUCUGAUCAAUAAGGCGCACCAGUGGGACGGCCCUAUGCCGUGGACGGAGCUCAGUUACACAUGGAACAUUCGCUGUCCAAACGAGAACGACUUUGAAAAAGGCCUGGUCAGCAUGCACGAGAAGUGGUGGACGCAGCCAUAUAUAUACGAGAACGAGAAGGUCAAGGAAUUCCUUAAGUCUCGGAGAUGGGAAAUGAAGGGCUGGUAUGACGCGUAUGACCUAACAGCUGAUGUGAGGAAUGCUUGAGCGCAUUCUCCCAGGCAUCUGAAGUAAACGAUCAACAUACGUGCCCUAAACGAGCCGCACACCUAUCGUCCCGAAGCCAGCACGAAGGCGAACCGAGGGGUCGUCCCGCGCUCCCGUGCGAGCUUCGCGAUGCAUUGGAGAGCGUGUCAUUCCUGGGGAAGGGCUUUGCUGGAUCUACGAAGAUGGUACGUUCUGUCGUGCCGUGAUAGACAAUGAGCCUGUCAAUCCAUCACGGGGUAUCACAAAGGCAGGGACACCGCGCUUUAUCCCUAACUCUCCUGUCUGGACUUACCCAGCCUAAGGGGCGGACAAACCCCGCGUCGUACCUGCCUCUAGCUACAGUUACUAAAAAG